AAUGUCUAAAAUCUAUCUACACGACACCCUGCACAAAUUCAGAGAAAUGCAAUUGCCAUUAAAUUGGGGUUACAUUGCCGACCCAAUUGUCUCUGCAAACAAUGCUAUCCCCAAUUAAUACGCCAUUAAUGGAGCAUCAUCACAUCCUUCAUUGCCCACCGCUGUUUCCAGCACACAUAUGCGCGAUUUAGGGUCGACUUUGGGAAAAGCUUUAAUCUGCUUAUGUUUUCCGUCAUUUUCUGAAGCAAGCAUGAACCUACACAAGGGCAUGAAACUUAAGGAGGAUAUGAAUCUUGAUGAUGAAAGCAACAUAGAUUUGUUGGAUUAUCACAAGAUCAAUCCUGUUCCAAGUUCAAAGGCCUCAAUAAGGCCAGGACCCAUUCAACAUGGGACUCCUCUUAUGCCUUUCAUCCCCAAGGAUCCACCUCCUGGACCUGAUCAUGGCAAUGAUGCUGAUCAUGUAGUGUUUCCUUAGAAUGUUUCUUGUAAAAGUAUGGAGACUUGUGGUCGAUAAGGUGUAUGUAUGUACUUUGAUGAUUUCAAUUAUAUGUGUUUAAAGUUUAAACAUGUCCAUUUUUUGUAUGUAAAGAAGUUCUAAAUGUAUUGUCAUACAAUUAAUCCAUUCCAUGUAGAUUGGAGCACAUUAGGUUUUGUAUCAAAGGGUCGUAGUUUGAUAAAUAUCUAUCAAACCAUUGUUUUGGUUGACUUUAUUCACAACAAAUUAUAAAGAAAGUUGGUUUCAAAGAAAGUUAAGGGACUAGAACCGACCGAAUGAAUAGUUAAAGGUCUAAAGAUUACGAAUAUAGAAGAAGGGGGUUAAAGUGAAUUUUUUUCCCAAUAUAUAAAAUGCAAUGAAGAGAAGCGAAGGAAAAGGGAGAGAACCAGAAGAGGAAAAGAUGCGUGUUUUCAGAAAUUAUUUU